AUGAAAGAUCGGCCCGUCAUCAGCAUCGAAAACUACACAUUAUACUGCGGCGAUGCAGAUGAGAAGGAAGUAGGUGGCUGCGCGAUAGCUGUGAGGAACAAUUACAACAACCUGGUGGAGGAAUUUGGCUCAACGUCGUCAAGAUGCGCCUUCGUAAGACCUCGGGUCCGCAGAAGGCAUAAACUCUGGGUCGUAAUUGCCCACGCACAUACGGAAACCGCUGAGCACAACAGUAAGAAUGCUUUCUACGAUGAAAUCAAUGCGUUGAUGUCUAAAAUACCAAGCCAGCCUGUGGUCAUUGUCGGAAUCGACGCAAAUGCGAAGAUGGGACUCGAACAACAAUCCGAUGUGCUAGGAAAAUGA